AUGACAACCACGGACGGAACGGGGCUCAGCGCAGCUGCCAAUGGGUCCCAGCAGCAGCAGCAACAGCAGCAGCUGCCAAUGGGUGCGGGUGGUGGUGGGGGUGGUGGUGGUGGUGGUGUGGGUGAUCGGUCGUCUGACAGCCUCCUGGACAAUGCCGGGGAGCGGGGCAGUGUCGACGAGGGUAAUCUGCUGCUGGCUGCCAGUGGGUGAUGGUCUUCGGGGGCUACCUUAAGAGGGUACGUGACGGAGCACUGGACGCACCCAGGCAAUGCCCACCGGUGGGCUCACGUGUGUCUCGUGUGUGUGUGCCUUGGCAGGUGGGCCAUGUCAGUCGUCCGAGCCAAGCCACGAUGGGCGGGGGAAGGCCGUUUCGGCCGUAUCCCGUCCAUCACGGAUGGCUCAGGCGAUGUGUGUGGUGUGGGAUGGAGGCGGAGUCGAUUUGACGAUCGUCUCGCCCACACACACACACAUGCCCUCCCUCUGGUUGCCGACCAGCACUGUACCUCACUCUAUGGCCAAGCCGUAAGCAACCACCAAAGCCCCAUCCCCCCACAGCCACGUGUGUGUCUCGUCUCAUGGCUUUCUGUCCAUCUCUGUGUUUUGUUCGUCAGGUGCACGUUGUUUGUUUUUGUCUGACGCAUUGGCCUCUGGUUGGGGCGGGUGCGUUCGCCGCGGAGCGGCCCGACACUGACAUCGGCAUCUCGGCAUCGGGAGGAAUGUGA